UUCUUUUACUUUCGUAAUUUUAUAUAUAUAUAGAAAUUUAAAAGAAAAUAAUGAUAUUAGUCGCGUGUACUAUCCGUCUCUCUUCCUUUACUUUCCUCCUAAUUAAUUUUUUGGUGUCCUCCUCUCAGACAAUUCUCCAAGAGAACAUUUUCUCGUUUCCGAACCCUUGUAGCUACCUUCACUGCUUACCAGGCAGCUUUCGAGACCUUGUUGCGCAGUGGCGGUCGGCAGCUGGUUUUCCUCCGAAAAGACGAUGAAGCUCCGGAAAUGACCUCUGUUACGCGCUUUGUUUGUUCCUUGCCGAAAAACGUCUAGCCGACCCAACGACCGUUUAAUUUUUCUUCAACGCUCCGCGCGAUGUCGGCAAUUUCCGAAAGGGUCGUUAACACGGAUCGUCUCUCCACCUUUGUGCUCGUUGCCUUAAGGAACGUUACAAUCUUCUUUUAUCGCAAAUAACUAACGCGACGCUCUUUCGGAUCUAUUAAGGCGAAUGCGGGAGAAUGCAUACUCCGUAACGAUUCCGUACUCCGUUAGAAAUCGCCAGCUGAGCAAUUUUCGCAGAACCGAACCAUCGUCGUAUUUUCCCCCCUUCUCUGUUUCUCUCCCCUUCGUUCUCUCUCCCUCUUUCUCUUUCUCACCGCGAUAACGAAAGAAUGACAGGAUGGAAGGGGGAAACGACGACUAAUUGGAAAACCGACGCGGGGAUUAAAGAUUUCCUAGACCCGCCCUUUUCUCUCGCGGCGACAGCGAGGACGGGCGCUUAACUGAAAUUACGUCAACUGGCGAAUGCGGUUGUACAUUAUCGACCGACGUAAUUGGGUAUUCGUUAGAAAUAAAUGGCCGCUAAUGUUAUUUCUGACAGGUAUCUCUCUGUCUCUCUCUCUCUGUCUCUCUUUCUUUCUCUCUCUCUCUCUCUCUCUCUCUCUCUCUCUCUCCAACCGAUAAUGCACGCUGGUUGAAACGAUGAAAACAUCAUAAACCCGAUAGCACGCGGUCCACUCUCUCUCUGUCUCUCUCCCUCCCGCGGUAAUGAUCGGACAGUUUAAUCAUUUACUACGCUCUGGCGAGGGUCGCCGCGGUGCUAACUGGAGGAGAAUCCGCUGAAAAUCAUCACGGCGAGAAUCCGGCGUGGCGCCCCGUCGCACUGUUAUGCUUCAGUGUCAUUAACACGGAAGACAAUCUUGUGAUAAACUUCCGGCAAACAGUGAAAUAAGUUGCGCCGUAAAUCAUCAGACGUACGAAAGAACUGACAUCCCGCAAAAAAAACCUGCGUCUCAAAGUCCAUGGAGUCUCGAAGCAGAAAAUUGCGGAAAAUGGGGACUGCGAGAAAUUCUGAGAUAGAGAUGGAAGAGUACGAGAGGAGUAACCGACGUUUAUCGGCCAGGUGCUGACUCCACCACGUCUGACGAGAACGAGGAAAAAAACUUCGAACCCGCUUUAACGAGGGCGGACGAUGAUACAUUAUUUAACCAGAUGAUGAAUAGCGGACACUGAAGACGGGAAAUACAUUUUAGCUACGAUGGAGGCCCACGUCAAUCAAGCCACGAAUACAACCGACGUGGAAGAUUCAGUUUUCAUCAUCGAUGCACCAAUUAUCUUAAGAGCUAUCGUUCUCUGUCUCCUGAUUCUCAUCACAAUCGUAGGGAAUCUGUUCGUGAUAGCAGCUAUUCUGUUGGAGCGAAAUUUGCAAUCCGUGGCAAAUUACUUAAUCGUCAGUUUGGCUGUCGCGGAUCUUAUGGUCGCUUGUCUCGUUAUGCCUCUCGGAGCUGUUUAUGAGAUAAACUCGGCAUGGUCCCUCGGUCCGGAGCUCUGCGACAUGUGGACCAGCAGCGACGUUCUAUGUUGCACAGCCUCGAUAUUGCAUCUGGUGGCUAUCGCGGUCGACAGAUAUUGGGCAGUCACCGAUAUCAAUUAUAUACAGGCGAGGAAUCCAAGAAGAAUCGGCAUGCUGAUCGUCGCCGUGUGGAUAAUGUCCUUAGGAAUCUCAUUAGCGCCUCAACUCGGAUGGAAGGAUCCUGAUUAUUUGACUCGCAUAGGCAACGGGACGUGUAUCGUGUCGCAGGAUCCCUCAUAUCAGAUCUUCGCAACUUGCGCGACGUUUUAUGUUCCGCUUUUAGCCAUCCUAUUCUUAUAUUGGAAAAUAUUCCAAGCGGCACGGAAGAGGAUCAGAAGAAGGCCCGGCACCAUCGUUCAGCCACCGCGUGAACGAAGAGGCAUCCUCAGGCUGGUCACGAGAAGGCCGCGCGAGGAAUCCACGGCGUUCACCAUCACAAGAUCCACGCCGGAUCACUCGUCCAUCUCGCCGGAGAAGUCGUCGUCGUACAACGGCGCGAACGUCACGCCGUCAACGACGGUGACGCCGACAGCAGUCUCGACGACGACCACGACGACGACGACGACGCUGACGAAUCCGACCAACACAAACCAGCAGCAGCAGCCGGUGGUGAAGUGCCCGAAGCGCACACGUGAGACGAUUGAGUCGAAGCGCGAGCGCAAGGCGGCCAAAACCCUGGCGAUCAUCACCGGUGCCUUCGUCUUCUGCUGGCUGCCGUUCUUCGUGUGUGCCCUGUUUCAGGCCCUAUUCCCACCCUGGAUGCCACCCGACCUCUUGUCCAGUGUGUUCCUGUGGCUCGGAUACUUCAACAGCACUCUUAACCCCGUGAUUUACACUGUGUUCUCGCCGGAGUUUCGGCAGGCAUUCAAAAGGAUGCUGUGCGGUGGUACGCGGGGACUUCGCUGACAGUGGAUUUAAUUCUUUUGCUGCGUGCGGGCGGCCGAAUAAAAAGGAUAUGUGAAAACUUGUACAUAUAUACGUACAUACACAUAUAUAUACGGCGUUUUCUUCUGUGUUGUGCGGUAUCUAGAUGCUCAAAUCUAGAUAUUAGUGUACUAAAUACACAAUCGCUCACGGUUACACUCUUACAUACCUAGAUGCGAUAUUGAAAUCGACAAUUAAUGUUAUACUUAUUUUUAAAUGCUUCUGUAGACGCGAUUCUCAAAAAAAAUUUGACGAGUAUCUCAAUUUCUGACACAAUUGUAUCUCUUAUAUUCUGUUUUGUUAAUUCGUUCUGUACGUUUUUACUAAUAAUACGACAUCUUUCUCAAUUUUAGGAUAUUUUUGUUUGCCACGUCAAACAUUUUUGCAUUUAGAUCGAUUCUAUCAGCAUCUAGACACAAUGAACGGUAUCCAACACAACAUUGCUUCUUCCUUUUACAGCUAUUUCGAGGUAAUCAAGCCGCGCGUCGUUACUCUCAUAGGCACUUUUAACGAGCUCGUUUCCGUAAACAUCAGUUAAAGUUAACUGCAAUGUUACUAACAGUUGACGUUAAUUAGGGUUAACAUUAACAGACGUCAAUGGUAACGAUCCUAUGUAGAAUAUUUUUGCGAAACGCUUCCCUGGGACGUUAAAAAAUCAAACAAAAGAUAAUGGGCGCAACAUUACUCGCGAUUUUGUUCGAACGGGCGCGAAUGUAUCGCCAUGUGGUAUAAAUACUCAAAUUCGCAAAAUUAAAUUCGAAAUGGAAGUCGGGCCACUUUUUAACACAUAAACUGACCGACACGCGCGUAACUUAGUGAGAGUUUUUACUGCUCAAGGAACGUAAGUUUAAGCUAUGAUCAUAAUUUUUUUUAUCGUGAUAUAAAAGUAAAUAAAUAAAAAAUCAUAUAAGUACCUAAAUGACACAAGUACCUAAUUCAUGAUUUCUAAUAUUUUAUUUAAACAAGACGCAAAAAUACUCAAGUAUUAAAGAUUGUGAUUUAGCAUCAAUAGUACUUAGCCAUUCGUAUAAUGUAUAUAUAAUAGAUAUAAAACAAAUAAGCGAGUGAAAAUGAAUCUCAUAUCUUGUCGUCUCGUGGAGAUUCCUUGAAAUACGCUCUGAUGAAGAAAUCGCGAGGGUUGCUUGCUGCGAGAUGUAUGUAAUUGUACAUACAGUAUUACGUAAGCGCGCGAUAAUGCUUAGCAAUCGUACUUCCGAGCAUUAUUGUUACAAUAGCUAUAUAUAAAAAGUUUUCAAUCUUGGCUGGUCUCCAAAGUACAUACGUAAUAACAAAUCUAAGUGUACAUUAACUAAAAAGCGACGAAGCGAAUAUGUUACGAGUAAACUAUAUGGCGCGACGGGUUCCCGCAAAUCGGUCGCGAUUGUGUAUAAAUAAAACUUCCCACGUUUGAAUAAAAACGCAACCUCAAGCUCGACUCGUGCUAGGUACAUCUUACGCUUUUUAACUUGGUUCAAAGUUAAAAGUACUUGGAGAAAAUUUCCCAAGUGUAAAAGAUUCUCUCCGCCUUAUGAAGAUUUGCUUACGCAACUUUUCUCAUACGAAGUUUUUUAAUAAAGAAUAAAUAAGAUGUCCACCGCAAGCAACAGAAUUGAAUAGAAAGGUUGGAAUGGGAUUUCAAGGAAAUUUAUUUUUACGAACAGUAAAUUACGCGAACGCUUCAUGUAAAAUAAAUAAUAAGCAUAAAUGACAAUGAAUAAUUAUAAUAUAUUCGUCACGCCGUGAAAUGUCGGUUUAAGCGGUUUAAGCUCAUAUCAUGGAUAGAUAUAAUCUUAGAAUUGAAAAACGAUUUCACAUAAAAUUGUUUUUCUACUAAGAAAAGUUAAAUAAUAUUCGGAAAUAUAACUUUAGCCUUGCCAUUCAAUUCUGCGUCUUAUAGCGAACGUAAGCUACUGAAUUUACGUGCGUAGUAAUAACGUAACAUCCAUACUAUAAUAUUGCUACGUAAUACGGCGGAUGAUAUUUAAUUUCCAGAGCAACGACUGAUCGAAAAUCUAUGUUCACACAUUGAAUGAAUAGGAAUUGUGAGAAAUGAUUAUUUUCUUUCGCAAAGUUUAUUUCUAAAUGUCGAAUACAAGUGCACAUGCAUUUAUUUCGUUUCUACGUCUACUAUUUAGGCUCGCUAUUUAGAGAUAAAUAUAGUUAUAGACUAAUUAUAAUAAUGUAUUAGGCAGAUUGUGAUAAACGGCGACAAUAGUUUUCUCUUCGUCAGAAAUAAUAAGAUUUUAUCUUAUCAAAUUGAUUUUCAGACGUAAGAAAAUACGAAAUAAGACUUACUUCAAAAAUAGAGCUGUUAUUUCGAAAGCUAUAUAUAAAAAGAUAUUUAAAAUAAGUUUUAUUGGUACUCUC